AACUUCUCAAGUGUUUUCACGGCGAGUACCUAAUACUUGCAAUGCUUAUAUAAGACGAUUACGAUAAUUUUUGAAGAUUUUUAUUUUUAUGUGGUCUUCCAUGGAAUGGUGAUAAAUAAUUUAUCUGUUUCUCUUUAAACGUUGCGCAAAAACCGAAAAUGUUGGUUCUGUAUGAAACGGCGACCGGAUAUGCCGUCUUCAAAGUUUUGGAUGAGAAAAAGCUGAAGAAGAUUGACAACCUUUAUGACGAAUUCCAGUCCUUUGACACAGCGAGCAGCAUAGUACAACUGCAGAAGUUUUACAAAUUUGGAACCACUGAGGAUGCACUGAGUGCUGCAACCGCUACUGUGGAGGGGAAGAUUGGAAAGAAGCUGAAGAAGGUCCUCAAGAAGAUCAAAGCCGAAGAUGCUCACGAGCAGCUGGCUGUCGCUGACAGCGCAUUGGGGAAGAUCAUUAAGGACAAAUUUGAUAUAACCUGUGUUGCCAAUACACAAAUCAGUGAACUGAUGCGUUGUAUAAGAACCCAAACAAAUAACCUGAUUGCUGAAGUCUCUGAAAGGGAAAACAACGCUAUGAUACUGGGUUUGGCUCAUGGGUUAUCUCGACAUACGCUAAGAUUCAGUGGAGACAAGAUUGAUACUAUGAUUAUCCAAGCCGUGUCUCUUCUGGACGACUUGGAUAAAGAAUUGAACAAUUACAUUAUGAGAUGUCGCGAAUGGUACGGAUGGCAUUUUCCAGAGCUGGGUAGCAUAAUCCAGGAUCACGCUGCCUACAUUAAAACUGUGAAAAAACUUGGAAUGCGCACUGCGACAAUCACAAUGGAUUUGUCCGAUAUACUACCUGCAGAUUUAGAGCAGCGCGUGAAAGAUGCCGGUCAGAUUUCGAUGGGUACUGAAAUCAGCGAACAAGAUAUCGAGCAUAUUAGCAGCCUUUGCGAUCAGAUACUUGAGAUGCACGAAUACCGAGCUCAACUGUACGACUACCUCAAAAACAGGAUGGCUGCGAUUGCUCCCAAUUUAACAGUACUCCUCGGUGAAUUAGUGGGUGCACGACUGAUCAGUCAUGCAGGAUCCUUAAUGGGUCUGGCAAAGUAUCCCGCUUCGACAAUCCAGAUAUUAGGAGCAGAAAAAGCUUUGUUCCGCGCUUUAAAGAAGAAGCAUGAUACCCCAAAAUACGGGUUGAUUUACCAUGCUCAAUUGAUCAGUCAAAGCAGUCCAAAGAUAAAAGGAAAAAUGUCCCGUAUGGUGGCUGCGAAAGCCUCUCUAUCGAUAAGAGUGGAUGCCCUAGCGGAGACUGAUGAUGCCGAUUUGGGCACGAUGCAGCGGGCAUAUCUGGAACAGAAAGCCAAAGAACUCGAAUCUGUUGAUGCCAGUCGGAAAGGCGGAGUUAGUGGAAAUAAGAACUUUGACAAAUAUCAGAAUAAGAGUCAAGUGUGGCAGUAUCAAUCAGGCAAUGACGUUACAAUAACACCUCAACAGAAGAUAAAGAAGGAGCCCGAUUUCUUUGAAUCUCCCGCGCCUGGGAAGCUGAAAAAAGUAUUUGGGGAAGAGCAAGAAGCUGAACCCAAUGGCGACGCUGAAACCCCUUCUGCGAAGAAGAAAGGAAAGAAACGAAAAGAUGCCGAGGAGAUCGAAGCUCAACCCGAAGUCGACAAUGGUGAAGCAGUCGUCGAGGAACCUUCAGAAGACAGUAGCGGGAAGAAAAAGAAAAAGAAGAAAGUGAAAACUGAAGAAGAAGCGUGAGGUCCGCCUUUUGGAAUUAUAUAUUUUUGUUGUCCAGCUUGGAAUUUUCCAUGUAUUUUUCUGAAGAAGUAUGGUUGGUUUUCGUGCUUUUGGUUGUUGGUCUUGUAUAAUUAUGUGUUUGAGCCUUUACUGGUUAAUUAGUACGUUGGAAGUUGGUGCACUUCCGCACGGUGUCAGUUGUUAGGUUUUGUUUAUUGCAAUGCAAUAAAUAACAGAUGUGCCGCGA